GGAGCUGCGCUCGGAUUUUUCCAAGUACGAAAUCUGGAUAAGAGCCGUGGACUUGAACUGAGUGUCGUAAAUAGUUAUGAUUCGGCAAGUUUGCACAUUAUUAAUCGGCUUGACUAUUUAGAGAGGCGCAUGGAGGAGCGCUUCGAUGGGCUUGCAAGUCAAAGAAACGACAUGCCUGAAGAAACCUUUGUAAAGCCCUCCGUCUUUCCUACAGCACAGUAUCCAGCUGCAGAAGGAAUCCUCGAAUGGCCUGUCUUUGAAGGACUCGGACUACAACUCCAUGGCCGAUCUUUGGCCUUGAUACACCAAGACAGUCACCAGUUUCCUACCAACUCAGGGGCCUCACCCGUCGAUUCAAGAAGUCAUGGCCAAAUGCAAAGUUCAGCCGGCGUGGAUGUUUUCAAAGACGGCCUUCCAAGCUCUUUAGUCAUUGAAUCAGCCAUCAAGGAUUUUCUUGCCAAUGUCCACACCAAGAAUCCCAUUCUGGACCCGACAACCCUCGCUGAGGCCGCUGAGGACUGUAUUAAAAAUGGUAUUGGAGAUUCUGUCCAGGCUGCACUCGUCCUCACUGCGUGUGCGCUUGGAAUCAUCUCGGGACCCUACAUGCCCUCCACUUUUGAUAAGUAUUCUCCAGCGAGCCCUGACAAAGUUGGCACCUCAAGGCAGCUGGGAGAAAGUUGCUUUGCCAGAUGCCGAACAAUACUCAGUAAUCAACCGCUGUCUCUGUUGUCGACACAAUGUCACUUCUUUUGUGGCGUGUAUGAGAUGUACUCGAUCCGUCCGGUCGCUGCUUGGUUGCAGUUUAGCCAGGCAAGCCUUCAACUGAAAUUGCAUAUCCAGUCGAGGUCUUUCUCGCCCAACGAGUAUCAGACGGACGAGGGACGGCUGCUUCAAAGACUUUACUGGUCCUGCAUGCAGUCAGAAUGUGAACUAGCAAACGAACUCCGUGUGACGAGUUCUGGCCUUGAAGACCUCCCAUUCCCUUAUGCUUUUCCGCAUCCUCCAGAGUCUUCCACCUCCCCUGCUGAGUUGGAUGACAAGUCGCCUGGGAAUCGCUCACAGCUGAAUAGCUGGAUGUAUUACCUCUCGGAAACAUCAUUACGACGAAUUGGUAAUGAGAUUAUCUGGACUUUAUAUGAUCAAUCGCCCACUGCCUGGAUGAGGGACAUUGUCACCACGCAGAGACAAGCUGAACAGCUUGACCAGAAAGUGACAGCUUGGGUAAACAACCUACCCAAGGCGCUUCAGAUUGAAGAACCAAUAUUCGAGUCGACAAACGAGCUCGGCCUACACGUGAGAAGCCGAUACCUCACAAGUAAAGCCUGGAUCUUUCAACCAUUCCUCUACUUUAUGAUCCAUGCACCUCAGACCGAGCUUAUCAAGCACAGAAAGGAUAUUGAACCCUUGGCGUUUACUUGUCUGGAAGCCUCAAUGGGGAUGAUCAACGACGCGACUCACCACCAUCGACACCACGGAACUUGGUACACGGCUCGCCUCGCCUUUGGAGCUGCCUUGUGUCUCCUUGCUGCGGCGAGGGUUAACUCAAUAGCCAUGCCGCCGGGGUGGAAGGCUUCGGUUCAGCAGGCGAUGCAUAUUUUGAGUCGUUGGAGCGCAGAGUCGAGGAAUUUGCAGGUUAGCCUUGAGAUUCUUCGGGCGGAAUGGGAUGCGGUAAAUGAAUAG